CAGCGGCGGCGGGCGGAGCGGGGCACGGCGCGCCAGGGCGCCGCCGAGGAGAUGCGGUUGCCCGCCCGGGCCGGGGUGUAGAGAGGGCGGGUCCCCGGCCUCGGGAGCGCGGCGCUGGGAAGACAGAGGCGGCGGCCAUGGCGACCCCCGGCAACCUGGGGUCCUCUGUCCUGGCGAGCAAGACCAAGACCAAGAAGAAGCACUUCGUAGCGCAGAAAGUGAAGCUCUUCCGGGCCAGUGACCCGCUGCUGAGCGUCCUGAUGUGGGGGGUCAACCACUCGAUCAAUGAACUGAGCCAUGUUCAAAUCCCUGUCAUGUUGAUGCCAGAUGACUUCAAAGCCUAUUCAAAGAUAAAGGUGGACAAUCACCUUUUUAACAAAGAAAACAUGCCGAGCCAUUUCAAGUUCAAGGAAUACUGCCCAAUGGUUUUCCGCAACCUGCGAGAGAGGUUUGGAAUCGAUGACCAAGAUUUCCAGAAUUCUCUGACCAGGAGCGCACCCCUUCCCAAUGACUCCCAGGCUCGCAGUGGGGCUCGUUUUCAUACUUCCUAUGACAAGCGGUACGUCAUCAAGACCAUCACCGGUGAAGACGUGGCUGAAAUGCACAACAUCCUGAAGAAGUACCACCAGUAUAUAGUAGAAUGUCAUGGGAUUACCCUUCUCCCCCAGUUCUUGGGCAUGUAUCGGCUGAAUGUGGAUGGAGUUGAAAUAUAUGUGAUUGUGACAAGAAAUGUGUUUAGCCAUCGCUUAUCUGUAUAUAGAAAAUAUGACUUAAAGGGCUCCACAGUGGCUAGAGAGGCAAGUGACAAAGAAAAGGCCAAAGAACUGCCAACUUUAAAGGAUAACGAUUUCAUUAAUGAAGGCCAAAAGAUUUAUAUUGAUGACAAUAACAAAAAGAUGUUCCUGGAAAAACUGAAAAAGGAUGUCGAGUUUCUUGCCCAGUUGAAGCUCAUGGAUUACAGCCUUCUGGUGGGCAUUCACGACGUGGAGCGAGCUGAACAGGAGGAGGUGGAGUGUGAGGAGAAUGACGGGGAGGAGGAGGGGGAGAGUGAUGGCACCCACCCAGUUGGCACCCCUCCAGACAGCCCCGGGAAUACGCUGAACAGCUCACCACCCUUGGCUCCCGGCGAGUUUGACCCCAACAUUGAUGUGUAUGGAAUUAAAUGCCAUGAGAAUUCGCCUAGGAAAGAGGUGUACUUCAUGGCCAUUAUUGACAUCCUUACUCAUUAUGAUGCAAAGAAAAAAGCUGCCCAUGCUGCAAAAACUGUUAAACACGGGGCUGGAGCGGAGAUCUCAACCGUGAAUCCAGAACAGUAUUCAAAGCGCUUUUUGGACUUUAUUGGUCACAUCUUGACGUAACCUCCUACAUAGCCUUGGGUGGGCACGAACGUGGGAAGAACAGAGGCGCUCUGGUGUAGGAGAACUGAACCAAACUCAAUGAAGCACUCAUCUUGCAGGAAGCAACCUCCUUGUUUACAUCUUCAGGCCAAGAUGACUGCUUGGGGGCAACUCGCUUUAACAGCUACCUGAUACUUUCCAGCAUCGUACUAGCUAUUUCUGACUCCAUGUAUGUGCGUGUAUGCACACACAUGUGCUCAUGUGCACAUUUUAAAAUAAUGAAUUAAUUAAAAUUGAUCAGCUUGAAUCAGAAGGAACCUCAGAUUCCAGCUGUGGCCGAAUGAAUGGGCACAUGGGAAGCGCAGAAGAAAAUGCAUGUCAGAGCAGCCGUCGUGUCGGCAUCACCCAAGAAACUGUGGAUCCAUUUAUUUUUUUGAGUUGAAAGAGAUGAGACAGUAUUCAUAAUAAUAAUGAAGAUAAUAAUAAUGAUGAUGAUAAUAAUGAGAUUAAAAGGAAAAAAGAAAUCACUGCAAAUGUUCCACUCUGCCCCACUUGCAGACACUCCUUAAUAGUUGUCACCAGUCCCCAGCACUGGACGGAAGAAUGCCGACAUCUCCGAGUAUACAGGCUCGGGGUCCCAUCCCCAUGUUGUGGGGGUUCUCAGUGUCCCAGAUUAAUUCCCCUCCCCAAGAAGCCAAUGCCACAGGACUCUGUCUACGUUUUCACCUCCAUGAACAGUCCAGGGAAUCUGCUUGCUUCUCUCUUCUUGCCUGGAGCCUCUUUCACUGUUACACCUUUUGUUGAAUGUAGGAACUCAUGCUACAAAACAAAAAAAUAGCUUCCCUGAAAGCUGCAUAGUUUGGGGCAAUGGUGGGUACAUCUCCUGCUCUCAGUGCUACUGUGACCGAUGGCAGAUCUGAAUUCUAAGAGGUUUAUGUUUGACCACUGUUUUGAACAGUGCUAUUUUGUUAGAAUUAUCCCUUUUAACUGAACCCUUCAGUUUUACUGUUUACAUUAUUAGGAAAGCAGGGAUUUUUUGAAUCUAAAAAUUUAAUAUACAGCAUGUGAUUUUUGAAGUUUACAUGUAAAGUCAUUUUACAGUGUAGGUGAAAUAAUGUUUGUCCUAUCCUGAAAUGUGUCCUGCAGUCAUGUUUUUGAGUGUUUUGUUCAAAGUACAUGAUAGACAGUCUUUUACAAUAAAAGGAUAAAGAUUGUUUUGUUUCCUCCAGAUGUACAUCUAUCAACUUGAUUUUUUUUUUUUUAAAGAAAAAGAUUGAACUCAAAUCUGGUUAUGUAAGUUCAUUGCCCUAAACUGUGCUGAUUGUGUUUAAUCAGGUUAAAAAUCUCCAACAUCAAUCAUGUAUCUACCAGCUUUCCUGCAAUUUCUAAAAGGUGACAAGUAUAAAUACUAGACUUGCUUAGAGUAGGUUAUCAACUUACAUGCUGUGCUAAAGCUGUGCCUUUAAAACUCUUCAUUUAGAACAUGAGAUGGUUUUUUUAGGCAGUUCCAGGAAAAGGAAGAAAAACCCACCCUUAGGUAGUCACUUACAAUCCACAGAUCCCCUGCCACACUGCCUUUCUGUCACUCCACAUCUGGGCUCCCAGGGUACCAUGGUGCCCAUCAGUGUGGCUGCCUUCACAGCGACUUCAGGAGCCCGCAGCGACACCACCCGACUGCUAUGGACUGACUGCGUAGAUCUGCUAUCCAGGGAUGUUGACCUCACUGUAACGUAACUGCACAGAUCUGGACUUUAUGUAUUUAAAUUAAUCAGUGCUAUGCUCUGGUUCCCUCACCACCACGGCCGUCACCUCUACUAAUUCUGGCAUCAAAUCCAUUUUGGUAUCUGAAGUUCUGUGGUUCCUUUGACCUGAGACUUACAAAUAAGACACCCUGAAGUGAAGACCAAGUAUACAGUCAUGAUUUGAGUAACUGUUUCCUUUGUGGCCAAUCUCUGUAUGCUUUUAGAAGUUUACAAAUGCUUUGUUUUUGUCUGUAACGUCUCUGUCAUUCAUUUUUGUUGUAAGCUGUUUGGACAGAGUGAGGAAGUUUGCCUUUAUCUCCUAGUGCUAACAAUACACUCCAGUCUUGAGCCAGGCUUUACAAAAUAAAGCACUUUGAUGACUCUCA